AAACAAAAACAACAAAAGUAAAAAAACGUUUUUUAUAAGAAAAUAAUUCUUCUUCCUCCGGGUCUUUUACCCGUCAGCCAAAGGUUUCCGGUGCGUCGUCACUGAGAUUUUCCGGUCAGAGUCUCAACCACACGCAGACAUGCCUCUCGCAAAGGAUCUGUUGCACCCGAGCCCCGAGGAGGAAAAGAGGAGACACAAGAAAAAACGUCUCGUUCAGAGUCCUAAUUCCUAUUUCAUGGAUGUCAAAUGUCCAGGUUGUUACAAGAUCACCACAGUGUUCAGUCAUGCUCAGACUGUAGUGCUGUGUGUCGGCUGUUCCACAGUCCUGUGUCAGCCUACAGGAGGGAAAGCUCGCCUUACAGAAGGAUGCUCAUUCAGGAGGAAACAGCACUAGUUUGACCAGCUGUGGUUGGACACAGUUGAAGAGGAGAACGAACAGCGCUUGAUGGACAUCAAGUAACACUGCCAUGGAGCUGAUGCAGCAAUGAGGAAAUGGAGAGCGGGAAUACACAUCAUGUAAUAUAAGAAGUCUCUCAAUGGAAUAUGCACAGAGACAUGCUUGGCAUUGUUGAGACCCCACCAACACCACAUAUCCAUUAAUUCCUCUCAUAAUAAACUUAGGUUGUUUUUGGUAAAAUAAUCCUGCAUGUUUGUCAUCCAGUUUGUUCUUUUUAACCUUGUGAAGGUUCUUACAUGCAAUUUUGUCUUGUAAAAGACUCUUGUCAGCUCAGGACACCUUUAAAAUGUGGUGUUAAAGAUCAGGGCAUUUAGGGACUGUGGCACUUGGUUUCCUCCAGGUGCACAGAUUUGUGGAAUCACCUGUUUUUUUUUUGUGAAUGAUUUGCAUUACACCCUCAACGAUGAAGCACAAACAUUGUAUAACAGUUGAUCGACACUAAAGAUUUAUGCAAAUGUCCUUUUAACACGAGGAAAGGAGAUUCACUGUGGCUGAAAUUGCAAAUUACAUCCAAGAGCCUGUUAACUACAGUUUCACUAUGUUAAGGCUGCACUCUGCAGUAUUAAAUGUUGAUUGAUGCAUGUUAGAGCUGGUAAUAAAUCCAGACACUAAAUGCAUACAUACAUGCCAAGUUAAUGCCAUAGUGAGGUCAACACUUUAUUUAAAAAGGUAGACGAUGACGUCAUCAGUGCCUGCUCUAAAGCCAGUGUUGUUGGACCAAGCCCCACUCGCUCUGGACGAGGGUUAAUUCAGGGAAAGUCGUUGCUGGGUCCAUUUCUGUUUCCUGAUGCUUGUAAAACACAAAUGCAGCAAUGUGACACUAAAUGUCAUUAUCAUGAAUGAUUAUGGUUGUGAAUUUACAUGUGUUUGCAAGCUUCCUGUGAAAAUGAUGUGAAAUUAAUUCUUGUGAAGUUGCAAAAACAAUCACACUAGCCUGGUUGGAGGCAACUCUACUAAAAUCAUUUGUGUCUUACAGCUUUAGUUCAGGCUUGUUGUUGCACAGACUGACUAGACUGAGAUGUACACAGAAUAAGAAGAUAAUUUAACAGAGAAGGUGAAUGUUAACUUUCUUGUUGCUAUGGUGACAUUUUUUUAAUGUCUUGCUUGUAUAUUGGACACGGCUUACAAAUAAAAUAAUGAUUCUAA